AUGACGUCAAGCACGCUUUCCCGACACAUCCUUUCCAGGAAAAUAAAGAACAAAAGAAAUAUAAACGUGGGACGGUUCAUCUACCCAUGUUUGUGCAUAUUCCUGGCAGCCGAUCAAAAUAUAUUCCUUCUGAGGGAGGGACUGCGCUUCGAAGUUAGAACGCGAUUCCCUGCUUGCUUUACUCAACUGACCCUAGAAAAGGACCCCGGGAAGAGGAGGAAUAGUGCAGAAACCAGCGAGCAAUCGAAGGCUCUAUCUUCCUCCCAAGCAAUGGCAGGAAAGGAGGUUGUAACCCUCGAGAGCUUGAGGAAGAAAAUGGCAGAUUUUGCAAGGGAGAGGGACUGGGAGCAAUUCCACAGCCCCAGAAACCUCCUCCUUGCUCUGGUGGGAGAGGUUGGGGAGUUGUCUGAGAUCUUUCAGUGGAAAGGUGAGGUGGCCAAGGGGUUACCGGACUGGGGGGAGGAGGAGAAGCAACACCUGGGGGAGGAGCUCUCUGAUGUGCUGCUCUACCUUGUGAGGCUCUCAGAUAUGUGUGGGGUGGACCUGGGUGAGGCAGCCCUCAGGAAGCUGGAUCUCAAUGCCGCCAAGUACCCAGUCCACCUCUGCAAGGCCUCCUCCAUGAAGCGCACCUACAAUUCUUCCGGUGCAAACGAGAAUCCCCAAAGUGGAGGAGCCCCAGAGGGCUCUGGACUCUGAAGCACCAUCUAGGAUUCUAGGUUUUUACUAAAGUCUUCGUGUGGUUGAUAUUGUCUUACUGUUUUUGCAUGGCGUGGGCACCAUCUGGGUUGGUGGUGCAGCCAUUGCUUACUGGGAAGGCUACUUGACAGAAGAUACUUGAUAUCACUGCUGUUGCUUAUCUUUUACACUGCUAAAUGCUUCAGAGAUGAAACCUGUUGUUAUGA